AUGGCCAACAAGAAUGUCAAAUGUCUGCAUAAUUUCACACUGGGCUACAACAUCCAUGACAACUAUGAUAACACACUUGGCACUUCAGAUGUCUUGCUGGACAUGCUCUCUACUGGAAAAGCCAAUGUUCCCAACUACAGCUGUGGAAGGAUGGACCACCUUUUGGCUCUUCUUGAUGCAGCUGACUUUGACAUAUCCAUUCAGAUGUCAACUUUAGUAGGCACCUACAAAGUCCCACAGCUUCAUCCCUUUCUGGAAAAAAAUGAGCUUUGCAAUAUUUCUCAUUUGAAACUAUACUUGGACCCAAAUGGAGACAUAGAAGCAGAUCUGAACAUUAUGAGCUCAGUGAUUCUUCCCAAUGAGCAUCCCAUUGAAAAGCAAAUGGGGAGUUUUGACAGACAGAGAUUGAAUAGUGAAAAAUGCACCAGGUGCCCUGAUGAUCAAUAUCCAACCAAGAACCGAGUUCAGUGUAUCCCGAAAAGAAUAUCCUUCCUGUCCUAUGAAGAACAGCUGGGCAUCUUCCUGGCCUCCUUUUCCUUACUGUUGUUUGCAACUACAGGCUUCGUUUUAAUCACAUUCAUUAAAUAUCUAGAAACGCCCAUUGUCAAAGCCAACAACAGGGACCUCUCCUAUAUCCUCCUGAUUUCCCUCUUGCUCUGCUUCUUGUCCUCUUUUUUAUUUCUGGGUCGACCAAGGAAAGUCACCUGUCUUCUCCGACAAAUGGUAUUUAACAUUGUUUUCUCAGGAGCUGUAUCUUCUGUGUUGGCCAAAACAAUCAUGGUUGUGCUGGCCUUCCUGGCCACAAAACCAGGAAAUCGAAUGAAGAGAUGGUUGGGAAAGAGUUUGGCCAACUCCAUAAUCCUUUCUUGUUCUGUUGUCCAAAUUUUAAUCUGUUCCAUCUGGCUGGGAGUUUCUCCUCCAUACCCUGAAUCUGACCUGCAUACCCAGCCAGGAGAGAUCAUCCUUCAGUGCAAUGAAGGCUCUGUCACCAUGUUUUUUUUGGCCCUUGGCUACAUGGGUUUUCUAGCUGCCAUUUGUUUCACAUUAGCUUUCCUAGCCAGGAAUCUGCCUGGGGCCUUCAACGAAGCCAAGUUGAUCACCUUCAGCAUGCUGGUCUUCUGCAGUGUCUGGGUCUCUUUCCUGCCCACCUACCUGAGCACCAAAGGAAAGUAUUUGGUGGCCAUGCAGGUCUUCUCCAUAUUGGCCUCAAGUGCUGGACUCCUGGGUUGCAUCUUCUUUCCCAGAUGCUACAUUAUCAUCUUGAAACCACAUCUAAAUACUAAGGAACACCUAAAGAUGAAAAUUGUGAACUGA